CAGCAAACUUUGGACCGACGGAUUUGGUCCUCGGCUCUUUGGUGUCCCGGAGGCGGAGCUGGCGGCGGCGGCGGCGGCGGCUGGCCAUGGCGUCCGAGGCGUUUAGAGAGCCCGACACGGGCGACGUCCUGCCCCAGCACAGGCUUGAUCAGAGGUCCCUGGAGGACUACCUGAGCCGGCAUUUGCCCGGCUUCGAAGCCGAGCCCACCAGGCCCCUGACCGUCGCCCAGUACAGAUCAGGACAGUCGAAUCCAACCUUUUACCUUCAGAAGGGAUGUCGAACUUUUGUACUCAGAAAAAAACCACCUGGCCCUCUCCUUCCCAAAGCACACAAGGUUGAUAGAGAAUUCUAUGUGCAGAAAGCCUUGUUUUCUAAUGGAUUUCCGGUCCCUAAGCCUUUACUGUACUGCGAGGAUGUCUCUGUGAUUGGAACCGAAUUUUAUGUGAUGGAGCAUGUAAAGGGUCGCAUCUUUCGUGAUUUCAGUCUUCCAGGAGUUAGCCCUGCAGAACGAUCUGCCAUAUAUGUGGCUAUGAUAGAAACCCUGGCCCGGUUGCAUUCACUGGAUAUACAGACUUUGGGUCUGGAAGUGUAUGGUAAAGGAGAAGGGUACUGCAAGAGACAGGUAUUAACAUGGACAAAGCAAUAUCAAGCUGCAGCUCAUCAGACCAUCCCUGCUAUGAACCAGCUCUCUACCUGGUUAAUGGAAAACUUGCCAGAUCAGGACCAGGAGCAAACCUUGAUUCAUGGGGAUUUUAAAAUGGAUAAUUUGAUUUUCCAUCCAAAAGAGGCUCGUGUAAUAGCAGUUCUAGACUGGGAGCUUUCAACCAUCGGCCACCCUUUGUCAGACUUAGCAUAUCUUUGCUCCUUCUUCUUUUGUCCUAGGACUCUUCCAGUGUUAAAUAAAAGCAAGAGCUUGCAACAUAGCGCAGGGAUACCAUCAAUGGAAGAACUGGCUUUAAUUUAUUGUCACAACAGAGGAAUUAGCACUACACUUCCUAACUGGAACUUCUUUCUUGCUCUUUCGUAUUUUAAAUUAGCUGGAAUACUGCAGGGAGUAUAUGCCAGAUAUCUUCUGGGAAAUUCUGCAUCUGAAACAAGUUUUCUGUUUGCUGAUGCUGUCAAACCCCUAGCAGAGGUUGGACUACAAUUUGCAAAGAGAACUUCGAGUGCUGUGCUUUCACAGCCUGACCCUUCAGGAAGAUUGUUCCUCCAGACUAGGACAGGCCAAGAAGUUCUGCUCAGGGUGAAGCAUUUUAUGCAGCAAUACAUACUGCCAGCAGAAAAGGAGGUAACAGAGUUCUAUAUUUACAACAAAAAUUCACCGGACAAGUGGAAAAGGCCUGUAGUGAUUGAAAAACUUCAGGAAAUGGCCAAAGCCGAAGGGCUCUGGAACCUCUUUCUGCCAGCUCUCAGCGGCCUCAGCCAGGUGGAUUAUGCUUUGAUUGCCGAAGAAACAGGAAAAUGUUUUUUUGCUCCAGAUAUUUUCAACUGCCAAGCACCAGACACGGGAAAUAUGGAAGUACUUCACUUAUAUGGAAGUGAAGAACAGAAGAAACAGUGGCUUGAACCUCUUCUUCAAGGAAGAAUUAAAUCUUGCUUCUGCAUGACAGAGCCUGAUGUUGCAUCUAGUGACGCUACUAAUAUUGAAUGUACUAUUGAACGAGAUGGUGAUAACUAUGUCAUCAAUGGCAAGAAAUGGUGGAGCAGCGGAGCUGGGAAUCCAAAAUGUAAGGUUGCCAUUGUCAUGGGUAGAAGUAAGAAUUCUUCUGCACCCAGACACAAACAACACAGCAUGAUACUAGUUCCAAUCAACACACCAGGAGUGGAAUUAGUAAGGCCAGUGUCAGUCUUUGGAUAUUUGGAUAAUUUCCAUGGAGGACAUUUUGAGAUACAUUUUAAUAACGUACGAGUACCUGUUUCCAACUUAAUACUAGGUGAAGGAAGGGGCUUUGAGAUUGCCCAAGGCCGACUUGGACCUGGCCGCAUCCACCAUUGUAUGCGAUUAAUAGGUAUGGCCGAAAAGGCUUUACAGAUCAUGUGUGAGCGAGCGGUCCAGAGAGUGACCUUUCAGAAGAAAUUAUACGCACAUGAGGUAGUGGCCCACGGGAUAGCUGAAAGCCGCAUUGCUAUUGAGGAGGUGCGCCUGCUGACCCUGAAAGCGGCCCACAGCAUUGACACGGUGGGCAGUGCCCAGGCAAGGAAGGAGAUUGCCAUGAUCAAGGUGGCCGCCCCACGGGCAGUCUGCAAAAUUGUGGACCAGGCCAUUCAAGUUUGUGGAGGAGCUGGAGUCUCUCAGGAUUUCCCUUUAGCCCAAAUGUAUGCCGUGAUUCGAACCUUACGGAUAGCAGAUGGGCCCGAUGAAGUUCAUCUCUCUGCGAUUGCAAAAAUGGAACUGCGAGAACAAGGCCGCCAGCUGAGCGCCAGGAUGUAGGGCCGGUGGGGCCGGGUCCCACCAAGCGUCCGAGGUGGCCGGGCACAAGCGUCCCUGGUUAAGUAGCCAGUGAAUCAAGCUCUUCGUGUUAAAUCUUGUGUUUUUGUAGGAAUUGGAAAGAUUCUUUGACAGCCUCAUAACUAAUCAAAGCAUAGGAAAUAUUUGGAUCUAUUUUUUUUGCUUUUUUACAAAUUAUUAACCCUUAUCUUGCCUACAAUUGAUGGUAAUUCUGGUAUCUGUCUGGUUAGGUGAAUUUUCCAGUUAAGAUGUAUUCCAAAUAGCUAAUUCUUUAGCUGUCAGUCACCUAGACUGAUAGUAGGAUCUUUGAUUGGGCUUUGGCUUUUUAAACUUCUCAUUUGAGUGAAUUGAUGGCAAAGAAGCACAAGUGCCAUGAGAGUGGUACAGAAGGCGUGAGGUUGGCCUUGAGGCCCGGACACUGCUUGUGCUUGUUUGUGGCGAGGAAACACUGAAAGCAGAGAUCCCCAGCCUGGUGUUCGUGAACUUGUUGUUGCUGUUGUUGUUUCACACUUUGACAGUUGCAUUUCACUGCAAUUGAUUACCUCUGUAAUCUUCUAUUUAAAAACACGAUUCUGAGAAGGAGUCCAGAGACCUCCCCAGACUGGGCCCAGCAGGCCCAUGGCACCCAAAGGUCAGAACUCCGUGAAAGGCGUAUUUGACGGUUGCUGUGUAGUCAGACAAGGGGAAGCCUUUACAACACCAUGGUGAAGAAACAAGUGGGCUGUCUGCCUCUGAAUUCAGAGAUAAGUCAUCAGAGCCUGCUCUGUCUAGAGCACGGGUGCUGGGGACUGAGGGAGCAGAACAAAAUGGAGCUUGUCUUGGAGGAA